UCCCACAUCAGCACUGACACCAUGUCCUCCAUGUCAGGGUCCUACCUGGCCGGGGCCGAAGGCGAACCCGGGGGGGACGAGGGGGGAGAUGUAGACUGCGAGGAGAACCAGGACGCCCCCAUGGAGAACCGAAGACCGUCACAGCAGGACAGGGAUUUUGCUAAAGAGCCAAAGGAACAAAACUACUCAGUGGCUGUAGAGGAGCAGGACUCAGAGGGAAAUGAUGUCACUGAAGAGGAUUGCUCCUCUCCAUCUAAUGGGAAAGGUGGGCGGAGCAGGUGUCCAGAGUUGGCCAAUAACAAUCAGGGCGUCGCCCUCUGUGACACGCCCUCUUUGGGGUUGGAUAAUGAGCAGGCUCCCAACAGCCGUUUCGCCGACCUAUUGUACCUCGGGGGCUACAGGCCUGUUUUGGAGCCCCUCCCCCACCACAACUCCACCAGCAAUAUGAACCUGGAGGAGCAGGGGGCAGAGAGCAGGGACGGCCAGAGUCCUAAACAUCCCCGCCGCGGACCACUCAUUGUGUAACACAUAAAAACACACCCCAAUCUAAACUUACCCAUCCAGUCAGCUCUUCUUAACCCUGCCAUAGUGCUGCAACGCUGGAUACUGUCCUCGCUGAACAGGGACUCACGUCCCCAUCUGUCUCAACAUUUCUUGGAUUGAUUCUUGAGUGGAAUGAGGAGGAAAGAGGAAUCACCUCUCCAUUGUCUGUGCACUUUUAUCUCGCAGGAGUUUCCUUGUUUUCUUGUCUGUGACCUAACUUGUUGUGGGAAUGAUUAGCCUACUGCUACGUUAUUAUUUAUUGCCUGUAGGUUUAAUGAGAGCUGUGUAUUGUGACACUAUCUUUAGAAAAAUAUAUGCUGCUCCUCUUCUCUCUUUUUCCCCUUCUUCCUAUUACCAGCUAAACAGUCAGGGGCUACUGUGAUCGGCAAUCGGAUUUAUUACUAGCGUACUUCUCCUUCUCUGUUGUAAACUGUAUGCCUAACGAGUGGUCGGACACUUUGACGCUAAAAGUCGGCUGACACCGGACUACCUUACCUUACUGAACUAGAAAGUGCUGACCCCUCUCUUCUCAUCAGGGAGCUCCUGUCUCGACUUCGCAUGCAGCUUUUCCGAGUUUUCCUCUCAUUUUCGCCUUGCUUUUGACACACCUGUGCUGAAUGUCAAUUCAGAAGUGGUCAGACUCAUACGGCGGUCGAUGAGCCAAGGUAUGGUGGCCAAAAUGAACAGAGAUGGACUGGAGAAAAAAAAAAGAUGCCACACAGAAUGUAGGACGAUAAUCUCUUAGAAAGGGGGAAUGUACGUGACAUCUGAAAUGUCACCUAACUGGAAUCAAACACAAACUUUGACACACACAUCAUUGCCACCCUCUCCAUCUGAAGCUCCAUUUUAGCAUGUCAGUAUUAUAGUAUUGAAAUCAACAAGUACCACCGAGCAAUAAAGACACUGCAUCUCCUUUUCCUGCACUAGGAUGCCUGUUUGCGGUUCAAACAGUGGCAAAACUGUUUGCACUGCCCGGUCAUAUUCAGACCCUUCAGUGUGUUUGUUAUUUUUUAUUUCAGUGUUGCCAUUGUAAAGGGAUUUCUUGUGACACAGGCAUCAUACAGUGAAGACUUAGCCCACA